CAUGAUGCGCCUGCCCGUUCAGGCCUCCCCUGAGGGGCUGGACGCCGCCUUCGUCGGCGUGCCCCUGGACAUCGGAACCUCCAACCGGCCUGGGGCCAGAUUUGGACCUCGCCGCAUCCGGGAAGAGUCGGUCAUGCUUCGAACAGUCAAUCCUAGCACGGGGGCCCUCCCCUUCCAGUCCCUCAGGGUCGCAGACCUGGGCGAUGUGAAUGUCAAUCUUUACAAUCUCCAGGACAGCUGUCGGCUAAUUCGAGAAGCCUAUCAGAAGAUUGUAGCCGCCGGCUGUGUUCCUCUGACCUUGGGUGGAGAUCACACAAUCACAUAUCCCAUAUUGCAAGCAGUGGCAAAAAAGCAUGGCCCUGUGGGGCUGCUGCACGUGGAUGCUCACACGGACACGGCCGACAAGGCCCUGGGGGAGAAGCUCUAUCAUGGGACGCCCUUCCGCCGGUGCGUGGAGGAGGGACUCCUGGACUGCAAGCGGGUGGUGCAGAUUGGCAUCCGGGGCUCUUCCAUGACCUUGGACCCCUACAGAUACAACCGGAGCCAGGGCUUCCGGGUGGUCCUGGCGGAAGACUGCUGGAUGAAGUCGCUGGUUCCUCUAAUGGCAGAAGUGAGGCAGCAGAUGGGAGGCCGGCCCAUCUACAUCAGCUUCGACAUCGACGCCUUGGAUCCUGCCUAUGCUCCUGGGACGGGGACACCUGAAAUUGCUGGUCUCACCCCUAGUCAGGCUCUGGAGAUCAUCCGGGGUUGUCAAGGCCUGAAUGUGGUGGGCUGUGAUCUUGUGGAAGUCUCACCGCUGUACGAUCUUUCUGGAAACACGGCCCUCCUGGCGGCUAACCUGCUGUUUGAGAUGCUGUGUGCUCUCCCCAGAGUGACAGCCGUCUGAGUCUUUUGUUCUUCAAGACAAAACAGAUUGUGCUGCUGACAAAUUCUCAAGAAUUUAUGAGUAAGCAGUCUGAGUAGAAAAGAGUUUAUGCCAA